AUGGACACUUCUGUCGCUACCACUGCUGCUGCUGUAGCUGCUGCUGCCGCCGCUGCCACUGCUACACCCACAAGCACCGCCAAUAUUGAAAGUAUAGGCUCGGACACGGAUGAUAGACUUGUUGACAAGAAGGAAUUCAACGGGUUUGCAUUGUCGGCCGACGAAGACGAGAAGUCACAGCUGGAAAGGCGCUAUGUGUGUCCUAUCUGCCACCAUUCAUUCACUCGAAAGCACAACUUGAAGUCGCAUCGUUUGAUCCAUACCGAUCAAAAGCCUUACGCUUGUUCUCUAUGCUCUAAGAGGUUCAGAAGACUUCAUGAUAUGAAGAGACACGAGAAGCUUCAUUCAAACGAGAAGCCGUACGCUUGUGAGAAGUGUGGAAAACAGUUUGCACGUGCAGAUGCGUUACUUCGACACGAGAAGUCUGCGGCUGGCUGUCCUGUGAACCGCAAGAGGAGAAGUUCAGAUGAAGACGGCAAUUCAAAUCAAAUGAAACCUACCAAAGAAGCCAAAUUUCAAGAUACUUCUGCCAGUUCUGCUGCAGCUGCAGCUGCCGUUGUGGCCCAGAGGAUUGCUGCAGAUGCCUCUGUUUUCUUUAAUGCCAACUCUCAGGCUGACAGUAAAGUCAGAAACAAUUCUUCAGCGAAUGCUCCUCCUGGAACGGCCACUGCUGCAACGACAGAUCCAGCCCUAUUCUUAGAGACUGGUGCCGCUUCUGUUACUAAAUCCAACGGUUCCAACGGUUCCAAUCAGCCGCAAGGCCUCAAAGCUUCCAACGACUCCAACCCUUCGAAUGCUUCAGAAGACAAAACCAAGAUGUAUGAGACUAUUGGUCAAUUGCAAGCCAAAAUCAUAAGCUUAGAGAAGACAGUAGCAAAUUUGCAAGCCGAGAAAAGUGAAUGA